AUGACCACUUCAGACGAAUAUUUCUUGGAAGAGUCAGCUUCGGAAAGAUUCAGGAGUCGGACUGAGUAUCAAAGUACCUGGCUUGAGAUUUUCCGAGAUUUGGAUUGGCUGGACAGCAUACUUUCAACAACAAAUUUGAUACCUGCCUUGGUAGGAUGGGAUAUGCAGUACAUGCAACCAGAGAGUAAGUUAGAGCAACCGCCAUUGAUAGCACUCGCUCUUGCAAAACCAACAAAGGAGAAAGUUGGACUCGAUCAUGAUCUAGAACGAUUCUUAAGUACACUUCAUGAUCAUCAGUAUCAUGAGCAUCUAUGGAUAGUAGAGUUUCCUAAGUUUAACCUUUACAUUGGUUGUAUCGUGAAGCCUCGCCAACUUUAUCUUAUGGAUAUGCAUGAUGCGACCUGUCUUCUACAACCAGAUUCUACCGACACACCUCCCAAUCACAAAACGCUCGUGCUCUACUAUGACCAGGACAAGGCUAGAUGUUUUCCGCUUUCCCUUGACGUUGAAUUCGAUCGCGGAUGUCAUAUCUGGAUCUUGGACCGUGACCGAAUGCUUUUGGUUCUCUCCGUGACUGACUCCGUAGGAUAUGAGAAUUGGGCACAAGAAGACACUAGGGGAAAGACAACGACAGUACAAUAA